AAGUGAGCCCAAAGUAUUCUUUAAGCGAGACGCACGUUAAUUCUAGGAAAUAUGCUCCCAAUUCCGAAAAUUCAAAGAAAUUAACAGGUGGUUUAUUUACAACAUGGCUGCCAACAGACCGUCCGUGUAACGCGCCACACACGAAACAGAUCACGGCGGGCCGCCGCGCUCACGACCAUGCCCCCCCGUAGACGUGAACACGCAAAAACGCCCCGGCAACGGCGCACCGCGUCCGUCAUGCAGCCGCCGACAAAAAACCGCAAGUCCCUCAGACAGGCCGGCAUCAAAGCGGCCGGCGGGCGCCUAAAAACGGAGGGAAAUUCAAACCGCGUUGCCCACGUACCCGCACGUAAACGUUUUAGCGCCGAUUUAACCGUCAAAAGAACCGCCUUUCGUGGAACGCAGGUCCGAACGGGUUUGCUCAACAGGGGCAUCAGGUCCAGGACGGUCAGGAGGGUGAAACGACUUUCGGAUAAUCGGCAGUUGCGACAGAAGAUCAUCGACGAGGACUUGGCGGGUUUGCUGGGCAGGGGCGACGAUGACAGCGGAGGCGUGAGCCGCAGUCACGGAUGGAAUAGACAGCCAACUGAUACACCUGCCAAUUGUUCGACUGUGAUCUCAGAGUCUUGUACUUCUGAGUCAACAGCUGACAGUGUUGAAAAACAAACACAGUCUCAGUCGCAGAGCAUUUUCAAGGAGAUCAACGACAGAUACGAACAACAGAAGUUAGAUAACUCCGGCCCCACCAGGUCUCAGUUUGAGCAGUUGUUAGACAUAUUAGGGCAAAGUAUACAAGAGGAGGCUCGGAAGAUAAAGCUGUUCAUUAUAGGCGGUCCUAAAGAAACUAACAAUAUGACACCGAGUGUUAAACAUUGCCAGAAGGAGGAGAUGAACAUCCUCUCAUUUCAUAAGCUUAAAAAGUCUGAGUGGAUUUUCAAGACGCCCCCACGGCAAAGGAUACCACAACCUGCCAGCAUUGAGAGCAGCAGCAUGAGGCCGGCAAUAAUCUACACCACCAGAAGUGACAAGAACAUUUAUGAGGUGAAUGACAACAUCAAUGUGGAUUUGAACAAGGUAGACAAGAUGAAGGUGCCCGUUGACAACAGGUACAUGGUGCAUGUGGCACGGUUUGAAAAUGAUGCCAAUUUGCCUGAUAUUGGGGAGGACAUUUUCGAUAAUUUAGUUCAGAAUGACUUCAUGGACAUAAAUGAUGCACCAUCCUCAGAAGAUGUCCAGGAAAUAUUGGGCUCCUUGCAGGACCACUUCCUGUCCCUGACGUGCAGGCCAAAAAAAAUAGUAAAAUCAAUCCCCCGCACCAAACCGACGUCCCGAAUGGACAUAUUCAAAGUAAAAGAGGACGAAAUGUCCUACGUAGACGACGAGUGCGACAUGAGCUUCGUGGACGAGAACGACGACGAAUCGGAGCAGAAACCGAAACGAUUCAAAUUGGAUUUCAAUGAGAACGACAACCAGAAUUUGGACGACAUCAAUAUGUUCCAGUUCACGUCCCCGAACAUGUUCCAAUUCGCCAAAUAAGUAAGAAAGACUGACUGUGCACUUGAAAAUAGUGAGCCAUUUAAGUUGUUUGCUUUUAAUAUGUUUAUUGUUUCUAUCAUCAUUAUCGUUAUCGUUUUAAAAAUUUAAUAUUUAAGUUUGAAAGUGAUAUUUUGUGAUACAACUUAAGAUAAUCACUUAUGCUUACAUUCCUUGCAAUAAAAAUAUAUUUACUAGUCAAGUUUGUUAACGACUAAAUUACCAUGUUGAUUUAUAUCUGUUGCAAUGCUGUGUCGUGCAACAGUUACUUUUUUAGUCUAAGUAGAACAAAAGUAUCUAGGAGUUAAGUGUUUUUUUUUGUAAUAUAAUAUAUUAUUGAUCUCAUGUAUGCUGAGGUUUACUUUUAUGUUUUGUUAACACACUUGUAAAAAUAAUAAUCAGACUCCAAAAUGAAA